AUGAUACUGGAGUUACCCGGAAGUCGCUUUGUGUCAAUUAAUUUUCUCAUACCAAAGAAGAAGUUUGUGAAUAUGAAAGUCUUGAAUUUUGAUGACUGCGAAUUUAUAACAGAGAUACCUGAUGUGUCUGGUGUCCCAAAUUUAGAAGAAUUAUCAUUUGGAUAUUGUGAGAAUUUAAUUAAAAUUCACAAAUCAGUUGGAUUCCUGGAUAAACUUAAAAUUUUGAAAGCUAAUGGAUACAAGAAGUUUAGGAGUUUUCCACCCAUCAAGUUGCCCUCUCUUGAAGAACUCAAUCUUUCAGAUUGUCCUAGUCUUGAGAAUUUUCCAGAAAUAUUAGGAAAGAUCGAAAAAAUAACACAGCUUGAUUUGAUUGAAACUCCCAUAAAAGAACUGCCAUUUUCUAUUCAAAAUCUCACUCGGCUUCAAAUUCUAGCGUUGGGCGGUUGUGGAAUUGUUCAAUUACCAAGUAGCAUUUUGAUGAUGCAAGAACUUGAUCGCUUGAUUGUUUAG